CAUUUUGACGUGUUUCAACUUUCAGUCUCUCCUGGUUGUGAACUUGUGGUUGACAAACUGAGAUAAUAAUGGCGAUACACACCGCAGCAGCAGUAGCCAGUGGUGUAACAAGUGCAUCAUACCCAUCUCUCUCCUUCUCAACUUUGAAACCACCAACAUCUCGCUCCCUUUUUCAGAAAUUAGCAGCUCACCCAUCUUCCAUCAUAAACACAAGUCCUCAUCUUCCAUCAAAACCACUAACUAAUUUAACCCCCAAAGCUUCUUCUUCUUCUUCCACACAGCCAAUGCUUCCUCCUUACAAUGUUUUGAUCACUGGCUCUACCAAAGGAAUUGGGUAUGCCCUUGCCAAGGAGUUCUUGCAACAAGGUGACAAUGUUGUUAUCUGCUCAAGAUCAGCUGAAAGGGUGGAAAAUGCUGUACAGAGUUUAAGUGAAGAAUUUGGAAAGCAGCAUGUGUGGGGUACCCAGUGUGAUGUCCGAGAUGGCAAUGAUGUGAGGAAUCUAGUUGAAUUUGCGCAGAAAAACCUUAAGUAUAUUGAUAUAUGGAUUAAUAAUGCUGGCUCAAAUGCCUACAGCUACAAGCCACUGGCUGAAGCUUCAGACGAAGAUCUUCUAGAAGUUGUCACCACAAAUACGCUUGGUUUGAUGAUAUGUUGUCGAGAGGCAAUAAACAUGAUGCUAAAACAGCCUGGUGGGGGUCAUAUAUUCAAUAUUGAUGGGGCUGGUUCAGAUGGAAGACCAACACCCAGAUUUGCUGCAUAUGGAGCGACUAAACGAAGCGUAGUGCAUCUAACAAAAUCAUUACAGGCCGAACUUCAAAUGCAGGAAGUAAAAAAUGUCAUUAUACAUAACCUUUCGCCAGGAAUGGUCACAACGGACCUCCUCAUGUCUGGUGCCAACACAAAGCAGGCCAAGUUUUUCAUCAAUGUUCUGGCCGAACCAGCAGAAGUGGUCGCAAAGUACCUUGUGCCAAGCAUAAGAGAGAUUCCUGCUAAUGGAUCAACAAGACCUACUUACAUUCGUUUUCUUACCGGAAUUAAAGCUUACUCCAAGAUAUUUUCAAGACUCGCUUUUGGUGCAAGAAGGAACAAAUAUGUUGUUGAAGAAUGACAAAUUUGAGAAGUAGGAUAUCUUCGGACAGCAAAGUUUUAACUUCAUGCGGCAAAAUCCCCAGCCAUUAGAUCCACAGCUAUUUUUCAGUUCAUACUAUGUAAUUGAACAAUCAUGACAGACCUUCUUAACAUAAUAAUAUUCAUGUGCUCCAGUCUUCUAUUUUUCUCCUA